CGCGGCGGAAAAGUUGCGCGGCGGCGAGGAGCGGCCCCGGGACGGGCAGCGAGCGCGACGCCGAGCCGGCUCCCGGCGCCCGCGGCCCCCCAGCCAUGGACGACCUCGACGCCCUGCUGGCGGACCUGGAGUCCACGACCUCCCACAUCUCCAAGCGGCCCGUGUUCUUGUCUGAGGAGACCCCCUACUCCUACCCGACUGGGAACCACACGUACCAGGAGAUCGCCGUGCCGCCCCCCGUCCCACCGCCCCCAUCCAGUGAGGCCCUCAACGGCACGGUCCUCGACCCCUUAGACCCCUGGCCACCCAGCACCUCCCGAUUCGCCCACCAGCAGUCUCAGUCCUCAUCCCCCGUGUACGGCUCCCGUGCCAAGACUUCCAGCGCCCCCAGCCCCCAGGACAGUGGCGGGCCCCCGUGUCCCCGAGCCGGCGAGGAAGAUCACGUGUACAGCUUUCCCAAUAAGCAGAAGUCAGCCGAGCCUUCGCCCACCGUCAUGAGCACCUCCUUGGGCAGCAACCUCUCUGAGCUCGACCGCCUGCUGCUAGAGCUGAACGCCGUGCAGCAUAACCCCCCGGGCUUCCCCGCAGAUGAGGCCAACUCCAGCCCGCCGCUGCCGGGGGCUCUGAGCAGCCACUACGGCGUCCCGGAGAAUAACAGCCCACUGGGGGGUAAAGCCGGACCACUGACCAAAGAGAAGCCCAAGCGGAACGGCGGCCGGGGCCUGGAGGACUUGCGGCCCAGCGUGGAGAACCUCUUGGAUGAGCUGGAGAGUUCCGUGCCCAGCCCCGUCCCUGCCAUCACUGUGAACCAGGGCGAGAUGAGCAGUCCCCAGCGAGUCACCUCCAGCCAGCAGCAGACGCGCAUCUCGGCCUCCUCCGCCACCAGGGAGCUGGAUGAGCUGAUGGCCUCACUGUCGGAUUUUAAGACCAGCUCCUCCUCUGCUGUGGCCUUGAGCUCCUCGGGGCUGCCACCUGGCUCAGCUCCACCCUCACACCACAGCCUCCCCGCUCCACCUCCUCCCGGGCCCUCUGGAGGCCUGCCACCCCCUUGGAAGCCCUCCCCUCAAGGCCACAGUCACACCCGGGGAGUCCUCUGUGCCGAGGACAACGUGGCCCCUGGCCAGCUCGAUUUGGCUGGCCCUGGGCUGAUGCCUGAAACCCCCAACUCAAGGUCUCCCUCCACGGAGGGUUGGCCAGGGCCACUGGUUGUAGAGAGCCAGGCUCGCGUUUGGAAGGACCCACCAGACCAGGUCGGGGAGCUCUGCAGGGCGCCUCCCGGCCACACUCUACCUUAUGCUGGGGGCACAGGUCCCCAGGAGCCUGGGGCCCCCCAAGCGCCGUCGGCCAACACUUUGCACCUGGAGGAGGAAGUGGCUGCCACUCGGCAGGGGCCGUGGGCUCUGGGUGCGCUCAGGCCUGAGCCCCCGCGGGGAGCUGCGCCCAGCUUCCACGAGGUCACCAAGUCAGCCGUUGUGGCCGUGGACCGUCAGGCCGUCUUCCCGGAUACAUGGAGCCUCGCGGAGGAACGUGGAUGGCAGGAGAGGGCAAGGCCCGAGCCAGGGGUGCCGGAGAGCAGCCGCCGCACCCCCAUUGAGGAUGAGCAGCUAGGUGGAGAGACGCCCACGGCGGGCGGCCUGGUCAGGCCAGCCCGGGGACCUGAGACCCCCAGGAGGCCAGAGGGUGCCACCGAAGCCGCCACCGAGGCCAGGACGGGCCAGGCAGAACUCCCACAGGCUGUGGCCGUGGACACACCCAGCACCACCGAGAGGAUUUCCACGGCUGGCCAGAUCCGCUCGGUGAUCAGGAGGAGCCGGGAGACCGGCCACGCUCACCCCAUGUCCCGGGAGCCCUCCCCUCGCCGCCGGCUGGACCCCGCCACCCUAAGCAGGACCCCGUCCCAGGAGCGGCUCAUCGCCGAGCUGCAGGGUCGGCUGGGCAUCCGGCCGGAGGCAGAGGAGACCGCGGGGGCCACAGGGGCCUCUGCCGAGGACUGGCUGACCGAGGGUGUCGUCAUCACUGUGCAGCCGCGUGGGAGGCGGGCUGGGGGGCAGCUGGUGGAGAAGGUAGCGAGCAGAUGCCCCCGGGCUGGGCCGGGGCAGAGAGGGCCUCCGGUUCUUCCCCAGCCCUGGCCAGAGGGCAGGCGGCGGGGUGGGUGGCGGUGGGGGGAGGGGGGGGUCCUGUGUCCUCGAAAGGCUGGCCUCACCCCUGAUGCCAAGAGUGAGAGGCCCCGGGAGCCCCCGCCCCCCAAGCUGCUGUCUCCUCCACCACCAUCGUCCUCAUCUCUGUCCCUCUUCUCUCCCUCCCAGGUCGUCUUUCCUCCUGGCUCUCCUAUUCCCCUGCGGAGAACCUUCUCUGUUCUGCCUUCUCCUCCUCCUCCUCCCAGCCCUCUGCUCCAGCACCGCAAAGACGCCUCCUCAGCCAGCAGCUCUCCUCCCCCACCCAGCCCACCCACCCCCUCCACCCCGGGGCCCCCCGCUAUCCCCUGCGGCCCCUCCGGGGUCCAGAGCACUGGGAUGGGGCUGCGGGGAGUCGGCGUGCAGGGCCCCGCCCCGCGCGCAGCUGCAUCCCGCUCCGUGAGGUCCAUAGGCUGCCAGACGGACGAGGAUCCGCUCUUCCCCCCGAUGCAGAUGCAGGGCCUGGAACAGAGAACGGAUGGCGAGCUGUGCUGGGCGGCCGGCUGGCCUCUGAACGGCAGGCAGAGCGGCCCCGAAGGGCAGGACGCGGGAGGGUUCAUGGCCCAGGGGAAGACGGGGAGCAGCUCUCCCCCAGGCGGCCCCCAGAAGCCCGGGAGUCAGCUGGACAGCAUGCUGGGGAGUCUGCAGUCUGACCUGAACAAACUGGGGGUCGCCACGGUCGCCAAGGGAGUCUGCGGGGCCUGCAAAAAGCCGAUCGCGGGGCAGGUGGUGACGGCCAUGGGGAGGACCUGGCACCCGGAGCACUUCGUCUGCACCCACUGCCAGGAGGAGAUCGGCUCCCGGAACUUCUUCGAGCGGGAUGGACAGCCCUACUGUGAAAAGGACUAUCACAACCUCUUCUCUCCGCGCUGCUACUACUGCAACGGGCCCAUUCUGGAUAAAGUGGUGACGGCCCUCGACCGGACGUGGCAUCCGGAGCACUUCUUCUGCGCCCAGUGCGGCGCCUUCUUCGGGCCUGAAGGGUUCCACGAGAAGGACGGCAAGGCCUACUGCCGGAAGGAUUACUUCGACAUGUUCGCGCCCAAGUGCGGCGGCUGCGCCCGGGCCAUCCUGGAGAACUACAUCUCGGCCCUCAACACCCUCUGGCAUCCUGAGUGCUUCGUGUGUCGGGAGUGCUUCACGCCGUUCGUCCACGGCAGCUUCUUCGAGCACGAGGGGCAGCCCUACUGCGAGGCGCACUACCAUGAGCGGCGGGGCUCCCUGUGCUCAGGCUGCCAGAAGCCCAUCACGGGCCGCUGCAUCACCGCCAUGGCCAAGAAGUUCCACCCGGAGCACUUCGUCUGCGCCUUCUGCCUCAAGCAGCUCAACAAGGGCACGUUCAAGGAGCAGAACGACAAGCCUUACUGCCAGAACUGCUUCCUCAAGCUCUUCUGCUAGACUCCCGCGUGCCUCCCCACCUGCCCCUUCCCCGGCCCAGCCUCCUGACUGCUGCUGGGACCCAGAGGCCUCGUCCCGGGGGGCCGGGGUGGGGGGCGGUGGCGAAGGGGCCCGACUGAAACUGGAACCGUGUCCUCGGCGAUGGCGAUGGCUUCCCUUUCCCCCUGCCAGUGCCUCUGGGCCGCUUCCCUCCUCCCGAGGCUCCCCCGAGGCGGAGGCUGGAGAUCCCACCUGCGUCCCCAUGAGCCCGCCUGGCCAAGCCAGCACCCCACACUGGAGCCAUUUCUUACUCGUAUCUCGGCAGUGAAGCCGGGGGUGGGGAGGGCAGGCAGGCUCAGACGAGGCCUCUUUGCAUCCUUAUCCCCCACCCCAACCUCGUCAGCCCUGUUCCGAGAGUACUGGGGGGACGCCAGCUCCCCCCAGGCAAUGCCAGCAUCCACCCACCCAUCCACCCAAGGGCGGAUGUGCCCACGGGGCCACAGAAGGCUCCUCGCGUGCCUCCUGCCCUUCCCAUCUCCCCAGGCCUGGGCAGCUGCCCCCAACACCUGCCCCCCGCCCCCCCACAACUGCUCUGGUUCUACUGAGAAAGGCCUCUCCAGCAAUAAUGUUUUCUAGUCACUUCCUCCAUCUCCUGGGACAGCUUGAGGUGGCGAGUGUCACCCCGUUGCCUGGACACUGUACCGACUUUGAUAGUUUUCUACACUGAGGUUUGAAUUCGUAUCGUCUGAGUUGCUUUUACUUCUCUAUAUGAAGAUGAUUUUCAAGAGGUUUUACCAAUGUCUCCUUUUGUAUGCCUCCCCCGCGUGCCGCCGCUGGCCCGGUGCACACCGCGGUGGCUGCGGGACGUGCGGGGCCUGCCUUGUACUGAGGGCUCGGGGCGGGGAAGCAAUUCAUAUUUUAUUUUUUUCUUAGCAAAGCAGGUGAACGGGGAGCGGCUCUGUUGACUCUCCAUCUGUAACUUCACAGCUCACCGGGACUGUUUUUAUAAACUGCUGUAUUUCGAACCCCCUUCCUUACUCCCCAGGCCAGCAAGCUCUUCACUGAGACCGGCCUGAAGGGUGUCAUGCCCUCUGGGGCCUAGAAUUCCGAACCUCAUCCGUCCUGUUUCUGAGCGGGGAGAGAGGGGGAAGUCCACUCUGGGGGUGCCGUUUCCCUGUGUAAGCCGUUAGGGGCGUCCACAGAGAGACUUUCUGGCCACAAAGAGAACAUUCUUGGCCUCCCCACUCCUACUCUGGGGGCCCUUUCUUCUUCUGCCUCCUCAGGAAAGCUGGAAUCUGAUUUUGACUGUUAGUCUUAUUGAUUCUACUGGGCACGUCCUUUCCCCAAACUUCCUGCCUUCCCUGGAGACUGGUGGUGGCCCCCGGGGAGAGAGCCCACCCCGGCUGUUGCCUGGGGGCCUGAUAGGAUUCUGGGCGGAGGGACAGGAUCCCUGCGAAGCAACAGGAAGCCCCCUGAGGAUGAGACAGGCAGGGCUGGGGUUCCGGGUCAGUGGAACGGGGGCCCCUAAGUGAGGACAAGCCAGACCCACUCCACUAACCUCAUCAGAGGCUGGGUGUGCUGAGCUUCUCAAGAGGGGAAGGGGGUCCCUCCUUGGAGGCGGGGCUGGGAGCAGCCUGGGUCUGGGGAGGUCGGCCAGGCCCUGCCACAGGUCUGAUGUCUCCAUUUCUACCCAUAGGCCUUAUUGCUCUGUUUACAGUGACCCACCCCAGACCCCUCCCCUAGAGGAUCUGGGGCUUCCAGAGGUUCUACCCUCGGGGUCGAUGGUUAUUUGAUGAUUUGAUUUUUAACUUUUUUUUCCUCUGUAAACUUAUAACCUGGCUUUUUCCCAUUUUAAUUCCUGUGAUUUAUGCCAAUAAAGUUUGCCAUUAUUUUCA